AUGUACAGGCAUGUCUCCUACACCGCCUAUUUGCAUUUGUUGUUUACAAAAUCUGCGCCAUGUGAAUCUGUGCGAUGUGAUUGGUUGACUGUCGAUUUACAUCAGCCAAUCACUAAGAAGGGUCCAUUCUGGGCAUUGCUCGCUCAAAUAUCUCCAUUCGAUAGGAAAAAACUAGUAAACACUUAUUUUUUGUUCAAGAGUAUGAACCAAGAGGAAAUACGGGCUUUAUUUAACACCAUAGGCAAAGUAUCCAGUUGCAAAUUAAUUCGAGAUAAGAGCACGGGUCAGAGCCUGGGCUACGGAUUUGUAAACUACGCAAACGCCUCGGAUGCAGAGAAAGCUAUAAAACACUUCAACGGCAUGCGUUUGAAGAAUAAGAAGAUUAAGGUCUCACUUGCUCGUCCUAGCAGUGAAUCUAUCAAGGGUGCGAAUCUCUAUAUCUGUGGCCUUCCAAAGAAUAUAACACAAGACGAAUUGGAAAAAAUUUUUUCAAGAUGUGGAAAAAUUAUCACCUCACGGCUCCUCGUAGAUGCCACCACAGGUGCAUCCAAAGGUGUCGGCUUUAUUCGCUUUGACCAGCGUUCUGAAGCCGAAGUUGCAAUUCAGGAACUUAACGGUUAUCGAAUUCCAGGUAGCACCGAACCCAUCACCGUCAAAUUCGCUAGCUGUCCCAGUUCAACUCGUUUACUGGCCAGCCUGCUGCCCCAGGUCUCCCCAUUGACGCAGAUUGACGCUGCUAGUCUAGCCGCAGCUGCCGCAGCGACGGCUUCCUUCCUCGGUGUGCCCUCAACUCCCCAAGUGACCGGUAUGAGUAAUCCCCAGUUCUCUGACCUCUCGAACCAGCAAUUGAUGGCUGCAUUGACUACCGCCACAAAUCUGCGACGGCAGCAACAGGAACAGCAGAUGGCUUGGCUUCAAAGUGCAGCAGGACUUGGCUAUCCUUCCAAUACAAAUCAAGCUGCAACUGCACUCUCCCCUCAGAGGCUAAGCUGGAAAAACUCAGGUUUUGCUGGAGGUCCAAUGCAAUCGGCCGCAGUAUCUUCAUUGAAAAUGAGGUAA